AUGACGGAGAAGGCUUUGCCAGAAGAGGCCAAGGAGCCUUUGAUGAAAGGAGAUGUGAGCGAUGGGAACGAGAACGAGACCGAGAACCUGAAAGGCCCGGAGAAGGAGACCGAGAACGACGCGAAGGGCACGAAGAACGCGGAGAAGGCUCCGGACGCCUCAGCUGAGGAGGUGAAGAAAGUGACCUUUGGGGAGACCUUCUAUGGUGGCCUCACGUCAACGCCAACCAUCAUCUUGAUGUUGGGCUUGGGCAUGAGCAUCUAUGGCAAAGUCUACGAAGAGGGUGAUGCCCAGCAAUCGUGGGCUUGUUGGGUCGUGCCGCUCUUACUGAUCUUGAGCUUGGGUGUCGGCUCAGCUCUCGUGACGAAGUUGGAGAACUCCGAGUGGCGGAGGAAUCUCCGCGCCGAGGUCGCCGCGCAGGAGCGCCAGGUCAUGGCCAAGUCAGGCAUUGAGCAACGAGACUUGAACGUGGCGGCCUUCGAAAUGGGCAUUACGCCGACCAACUUCGGACAAGGCUGA